CUAAAAUGAACUAACUGCCUCCGUCCUCUCUGUGACGUGUAACCCUAAAUUUGUUCCUCUUCGCGGCUGCCCUCUCAGUCUCUUCACUCUCUCCAUAUUCUGUUGUCGGCGUGUACUUUUGAGGGGCCUUCAGGCCGCCGCCGGUUAUUGCAGCACGACCGCCUCUUUCAGUCGUGCCGCUUCUCUCAUUCUUAAUCUCGCCGUUACACAGCCGCCGUUAUCUCCGUGCCGCCUCCAUCCGUCACAACCCUCUUGGUAAGCUAAAGUCUCCCCACUCCUUCGUCGAUUUUUUGAUAGAUUUCGGGGGAUGUGUAGAGCCGAUUCCGGCCGUUUAGGAGUUGAUUUGCCAUUGGGUUCCUUGGUUUCCAGAGGCCCUGCAACUUCUUCUGAAACAGGGGGGAGCUGAAAGGGGAGGAGUGAGAAUAGGGGAGCGAUGGAGCUUGCAUUCGUAAAUCCUUCCUCCGCUACAUUAUUCGCCGCUAACAAAGCUUUCCCAAGCUUGUUUAAGCAUAGUUCCAUCAAGGUUCUCAGUGUCCGCUGCUCCUCUAGCUCAACCGCUGGAGCAGCCGCAGGUGGUCUUUUGGAAAGGCCUUGGAAGACUUCAGAUGCUAGGCUUGUGCUUGAAGAUGGUUCAGUGUGGAAGGCCAAGUCCUUUGGUGCCACUGGAACCCAAGUUGGGGAAGUCGUAUUCAACACCUCCUUGACAGGGUAUCAGGAAAUCCUCACAGACCCUAGUUAUGCCGGUCAAUUUGUGCUGAUGACGAACCCACAUAUUGGCAACACUGGUGUAAACCUUGAUGAUGAAGAAUCAAUGCAAUGUUUCCUUGCUGGCUUGGUAAUCAGGAGCUUAAGCAUAAGCACCUCAAACUGGAGAUGCACCAAAACUCUCGAGGAUUAUUUAACAGAGAGGAACAUCAUGGGAAUAUAUGAUGUGGACACUCGUGCAAUUACUCGGAGAUUGAGGCAGGAUGGAAGUCUUAUUGGCGUGCUCAGCACAGAAGAAGUGAAGAGUGAUGAAGAACUGCUUGAGAUGUCCCGCUCAUGGGAUAUCGUAGGUGUUGAUCUAAUAAGUGGUGUCUCGUGCACUGAGCCUUAUGAAUGGGUUGAUAGAACAAAGCCAGAUUGGGAUUUUAAUAAUGAAGGAAGAGGAGAGGUCUUCCAUGUUGUUGCUUAUGAUUUCGGGAUCAAGCAUAACAUACUGAGACGCUUGGCAUCAUAUGGCUGCAAAAUCACUGUAGUCCCUUCAAACUGGCCAGCUUCAGAAGCUCUAAAGAUGAACCCAGAUGGAGUUUUUUUCAGCAAUGGCCCAGGAGACCCAUCUGCAGUUCCUUAUGCAGUUGAAACAGUCAAGAACAUUGUGGGUAAAGCUCCAGUUUUCGGAAUUUGCAUGGGUCACCAGUUGCUUGGACAGGCACUGGGUGGCAAGACCUUCAAAAUGAAGUUUGGCCACCAUGGAGGAAAUCAUCCGGUUAGGAAUAUUCGAGCUAACCGCGUUGAGAUUAGUGCUCAGAAUCAUAACUAUGCUGUCGACCCUACAUCACUCCCACCAGGCGUAGAAGUGACUCAUCUCAAUCUUAACGAUGGCAGUUGUGCUGGACUUGCUUUCCCUGCAUUAAAAGUGAUGUCUCUUCAGUAUCAUCCCGAGGCUUCUCCAGGCCCUCAUGAUUCCGAUUCUGUCUUCGGAGAAUUCAUCGAGCUAAUGAAGCAAUCCAAACAACAAGCAUGAGCUACAUUCCCUCUGCACCAGUUACGCUGCAUGCAAGUAGCGAGAACAUAAAUGGGGUUGCGCGUGCCAGUAGAUCAGCUAGUUUGUCGAUAUAUCAGUUACUCCGACAAUAUUCUCGUAGUUGAGCUUUCUUCUAUCUGAAUCUUUGUAUGACAUAACCCACAAAACGUCGGGCUGAGAUCGGAGAUAAAUGUGGUUUUAUCAGACAUGAUUGCUUGCCGUGUUGAAAAGAAAGUAGCUAUUCUGUACUACGAUUUACAACGAAGAUCGAAUCCAGAUCAUAGAAGAUUUCUCGCGAUUCAGAUAUCAUUGUCGUCGUAAAGAACCUAGGAAAGGAAGAAAUCAACCGUAUCCUGUGCCUUGAAACAGUUGCCAACAUGAUCGAGUACGAAUUUACCUUAGUUUCGACGAAUGAUCCCCUCGAGUUUACUUGCUGUCAUUUUCAGAUUACAGUUCAGAACAAGUCAUUACUAAUAACGCCAAUGAACACGAGUUUGUGUUAUGCUUACAAUUGAUGCGAUGAAAGGUCGGCGGUCUUGGUGGGGUUAUGAUCUCUCUGUCGCUAGACAUUAACUUCUGGUUGGUAGGAAGUUUGGAACCGGCCUUAGGAAAAAAAAGAAACAGAACCCAUUACCCAAUAAUAGUUCAAGAAAAAGGACAUGUCACAAUCCUGAGAAUCAAAACAGAGGAAUUUUUCCAAGAACCAAAACCGAAAAAUUCUUAUUGGUAUCGAUUGAUGUUGAUUGUGGAAAAGAGUGAAUUCCCCUUCUCUUGAUACACAAAUCACAAAUUCAAAACCUGAAAAUGACCCCCCAUAAUUUAAGAAUAGUACUAGAAGGAGUUCUUUGUUCCGUUUACUAGUAGUAAUUGGUUUCGUGGAUUGAAAUAGUUCUUCUUGUAUUAGAUUUUAUCUAUCCUCGUCAUACGACAGGUUCCAGUUACAACGAAUCUUAAUUCAAUUCGCGUCAAUGACUCUAGUGAGUGAAUAUGUUGAGUGACUUGGUAUAUAACCCAUUAUAAAGUUGUAAUAUAUGUACAUUAUUAUAACUAGGCAUGGUUAUGUACCCGAGUUUAUACCUAUUAUCGCUGCUGAAUCAAGGUAGGGUUAGGGUUCUUACUUAGUCGUCGUCGUCUUCUUCUUCCUUGAGACCUAUGUAGAUAUGCAAAAUGAUAAGAUAAAAGACACUUAAUACACAUCUUUGCGACUUAAAUCACUUGUUAGUGGGCAAAACCAAACACAUCGAUCGAAGUCGUGUUUAGUUCAUAAUAUAUGUAAAUAUAUAUAUGAUAACAUACCAUUUUAUGAUAUCGUAGAAAAAAAAUGGGAGCUUGAAGUUUGUAAAGACUCAUAUACUUUGUUAUUAGGUCAAGGGAGGUUACAACCAGACAUCGAAGAAAAUCUAUGUUCUGUUCAUAAUUCAAGUGUAAGUAAAAACAAGUUUUUAAGGUAUCGAUGUAGCAUUAUAUGAAUCUUAGUAAUUACUAACAUAAGUGGAAGCAUUAGUUGAGAUCAUUUUUUCCAAAGUCAAUCAAGAUUCAAGAACUAAUUACACAAGUUUGAAAGAAAACAAUCAAUGUCAAAGUGGAUUUGAAAGAAAGAAAAGAGAAAACCUAAGACCAAGUCCAAAAGCAAAGGGGAGGGUUUUUUUUCCUGCCGGUUGGUACUCGUCGGUGUUGAGUUUGGACUUUGAAUACUCGGACUAGCUCCUUGCAUUAUGAUUCUAGCUUAGCAUGAUGCCAAUUUUGAUCUGACUAGUUCGUGUUUAACUUGCGUCUCGAUUCGUUAUUGUGCGAUAUAUGGUUAAUCUCUUUAGCAAUAAUUGAGUCUUCCGUCUAUACCUCAAUCUAGCUCCACGACUGUUGACAUGUUUUUAUUAGGGUUCUUCUCUCAAAAUAUAUUUUACUCCUAUUU